CGUGGCUCUGACGCAUCGUCGAUUAGUUUGUUCAAGAUGGCGACGCCCGGUGAGCUGUCUCUCGAGGAGAUACGCAAUUAUUUGCUGGAAAACGGUGGCACGGCACGCAAUCACGACUUGGUCAAGCAUUUUAAGCGAUUUCUGACGGACCCGGAGACGCGAGUGGAGGCGAGGAAUCGGUUCAAGGAAUACGUCAACACCUUGGCCACCAUAAAAAACGAGGAGGGCGACAAGUACCUAGUCCUUAAGAAGAAAUAUCGGCAACCUUUCCUGGACUUUUCAUCCCCUCAACCAGUAGGAUCUCCUCUUGCCUCUCCCGAUCUAGCUACUCCGGUUUCUCCUCUGCGGGAGCCUCCGCCUUAUCGGCCGCCACCUCCCGCGCCCCUCAGUCCGUCGUCGGACAAUUCUCACGCGAGUUUCGAGGAGUCUGCGACGCCAAUCUCGGAACGCGAAAACGGCCAAAAAAAUGAUAAUUCGGAUGCGUCCAGCGCAUCGGUAUCGUCACCACCCGUUCCACCGCGACGUAAAAGCCAGGACAAACUCAAGACGGAGAAUAAGGAAAACGUUGAUAGGAAUAAAAGUGGCUUCUCGGAAAGUGUUAUAAAGGAAGACGAAACAGCAGCGACGACAAAUCCCGCCUCAGCUGAGCAGCUCAGCUUUCGCGAGCGGAUGCAACGCUUCAAUCGGAUGGCCAGCGAAACCGAUCUUCCUGCCAGGCCUAACGACACGACCAGCCCCUCCAAGAAACGAGCUGAUAAGGGCGCCGACGAGGAUGACAGCGCUUCCGUUGCCUCGCAACUGGAUGGAAAAUCGCGGGAGUGGCUGGUCAGGGCGGCGCAGGGGGACUACCAGGCGUUGGCGAAACUCGCAGCCGAGGAACCUCGUCUCACCAGACUCAAGGAUCCGACUUCCUAUACGGCUUUACAUUGGGGCGCCAAACACGGCGAGGAGAACAUCAUUAAAUUAAUAGCGGGCACCUAUAGGGACUACAACAAGAGUGUCAACGAGACCACGAAUGGGGGUUAUACACCGCUGCACAUCGCCAUGCAAUUCGGCCAUGAGAAUAUAUUCAAUCUUUUGGUUCAAGUGUAUGGCGCGAAUCAGGACAUACGUGACUAUAGCGGUAGAAAGGCCAGACAAUAUCUGGUCUCGCAGGAGGCAGCAGUCAGCCAGGACACGUUUCACAAAAUAAAAGCAAGGAAAAAGCAUGCAGAGAAAGAUCUUGGUUUCCUACGAAUUGGCUCGUUGAACGUUCGCGUGAAACGUACUACGGAAGCCUUCAGUCAGUUCCUGGGUGUGGCAACCAGCAGUACGGCUAGCAGCAACAACGAGAAGAUUCACAAGUCAUGGGGAUCCGCGGAUAACGUUCAGCUGGACCACAAACUGAUGCCACCGCCGAAGUACGCACCUAUCAAAAAACGAAAGAGCAGACGGCCGCAAGACUUCAGCUCAUCACAAGAGCAACAGCAGACCAUCAGUCAGCCGACUACCCCGUUAUUACAGGGCAAAGUCAGUCGACCGAGUCGGGCUGUCCAUCGUCGACCGACGUCCACGACGUCCGUCAAUUCCGUCAACGCGUCCAACAAUGUCCAGCAGAACGACUCCGAUUCGGAUACGGCUUGCGGCUUCGAUUCUGCCUGGCGAGGAUCCGCGCAACUGUAAUUUGUCAAUAUCAUUUAUGUGAUUAUUCGUAUGCAUAAGGCUUAGAAGGAGAAACUUCGAGGAGUCUCUUAGGAGGAAUUAGCAAUUCCUUUGGAAAUUUUUUGUGUUACUACGUCUAAAGCGAACGAUAUUAACGGUUUUUUAUAAAUACGAAAAAUUUUUUAAGCUUUUUAAAUUUUUUCGCACCGUUCUCUGUGGAAUUAUUGUUUUGUCAUGUUCAGUUAUUAUUUGUCAUGUUCAGUUAUGAUACAAUACAUGCCUCUGAUAGAGAAAUUAUACGGAUCCAUUAUAUAUAUAUAUGUAGUUUAUUUAAAAUUUCAUUAGUGAUCUUUAUUUAAUUCACUUCCUUCAAUAAGUUUAUUAAAUUAUGUGCAUUUUUAGAAUACCGGUGAAAGAAAAGAGACAAAAGUAUCGCAUAACUUAUGGAAAUAGGGAAUUCAUUGCUUUAAUGAAUAGAAG